AUUCAAAUGAAUGAACCCUGGCUUGGCUUGGCCGAAGUUGGCUAGGUACUUCUUGUUUGACUACAUUUUUCUAUAUCUAUCGAGGAACUUCAUCUAUUUAUUAUCUGAUCGUGUAACUUAAAGUGCUGAACAUUUUCACGUAUCCGUACAACUUUAUAAUUAAUGUUCACAAUCAGAAGAAGUUUCUUUAAUGAUUCGAAAAUUGUUAUGACACCAUUGCAAUUAUAUAAACAUUUAUUGAGACAGUGCGAAAAACUUCCUCCCGACGCCUGUAAACAUUAUAAAUUCGCUGUCAAACAGAGCUACAAACAACAUAAGUUUGAACCGGACCCAGCAAGAGUGAAUGAAAUAAUCUCAAAAAGUCUUGAAGAUGCCAAAUGGAUUGUGAAUAAGUACACUAAUAAAUAAUGGAUGCUAUGAAGAAAUGUAUUAAUGUAUCAAACAGAAAAAAUAAUUUCAUUCAUGAUACGAGAAUAUUGUGAUUAUCAAAGAUGUUUGGUGAAAAAAUAGAAGAUUAUGAAAUAUUGGAACACCUUGGUAAAGGAGGAUUUGCACAUGUUUAUAGAGCAAGAUGUCGGCAAACAGGACUAUUUGUUGCUAUCAAAAUGAUAGACAAAGCACUUAUGGCAAGUGCUGGAAUGAUAGGUAGAGUUAGGCAAGAAGUCACAAUUCAUUCACGUCUUAAACAUCCUGCAAUUUUAGAAUUAUAUACCUUUUUUGAAGAUGCACAUUAUGUUUAUUUAGUUUUGGAACUAGCACACAAUGGUGAGCUGGCAAAGCACUUUAAAUUAGGGACUCGUGGGCUUUCUGAGAAAGCAGCUGCUGAUAUAUUUAGACAAGUGCUCAGUGGAGUGCUUUAUCUACAUACACAUAACAUCAUUCAUAGAGAUUUAUCUUUAAACAACUUAUUGCUAACUAAGGAUUUAAAUGUUAAAAUUGCUGAUUUUGGUUUAGCGACACAGUUGAAUGGUCCAGAUGAGAAACAUGUUACUAUGUGUGGUACACCAAACUACAUAUCUCCAGAGGUAGCUUCCAGAGAAUUUCAUGGAUUACCAGCAGAUGUGUGGGGUUUGGGAUGCAUGCUAUACACUUUAUUAGUAGGCAGCCCACCUUUCCACACUCAGCAUGUGAAAACCACACUUAACAAAGUCAUAAAUGCUGAUUAUAAAAUACCUAUGGAACUUUCCUUGCAAGCCCAGGAUUUACUGCAAAAACUGUUGUGUAAGGAUCCCCUAAAGAGAAUAACUUUAAAGGGUAUUUUAGAACAUCCCUUCUUGUACAAUGGACAAAGCACUUGUAAGCAAGAUAUAUCAAGAGAUUCCGGUUUUCUCACAACACUUCACAGCACUCAGCACAGCAAUAAGUUUAGAAAUGAUGAUAAAACUGGUCAUGAAUUUCCUCUCAAAGAAUAUAGUGCUGAAAAAAGAGAUGCUAGGCAUAUGCCAUACAAUUUAUUUACUCCAGAGGGGAGCACAAAUGCACAUCAUUCUAAUAAUCGAAAUUAUAAUUUAUGUACAGCCCUUGAUAAAGGGUCAGCAGAAUUACUUGAACUAAAAAAUCUUCCAAACACAUUUAAAAGAACCAAUAGUCCAUGUAACAGCAAUCUUUCAUUGUUUGAAAAUAUGAAAAAAAAUGACAUAAAUGGGAAAAUGGCGCAAAUAAACAUAAUUUCUGAAGAAAACAAAGAGAACAUUACAAAGAAUUGCAACAUUAAUACAAAUGUGCUGAGUGUACCCCCUCUAUGUGCUGAAAGAUUGCCCACAAUUUCCCACAGGACACGCAAUGCCAUUUUGAAAAUAGAAUCUUCUGGAGUCAUUGUAGAGUUUAUCAAGAAAAAAGGCAAAGAUAGAGAAGAACAAAUAACAGAAAUAUGUAAAAUAUCUAAGGAUGGUAUGAAAAUCAUAAUAUAUACUGUAGACAAUAAAACUAGAACUCAGAACAUUGACCAUGAACCUAAUUCUGAUGAAGUAUUUACGUACCAUAAUUUACCACAGAAACAUUGGAAAAAGUAUUUAUAUGCUUCAAGAUUUGUUGAACUUGUGAAAGCCAAAACACCUAAGAUAACACUUUACACAUCUUUAGCAAAGUGUCAACUAAUGGAAAAUUCUACUGAUAUUGAUAUAUUCUUUUAUUCAGGAGAAAAAGUUACGUACACCAGUUCAGAAGGCUUAAAAAUAAUUGAUAAGAAUUUAAAAACACAUUAUAAUCUGACAGCAGCACCUGAACUGAAAUAUAUAACAGAUCACUUUGAGGAGUGUUCCAGUAGGAUGAAGCGUGUACAGACUGCACUAUCUGGAAUAUCAGAUGAAUGCUUCCCUUUAAUAAUUGGAAAAAGACCAGUUCAACCUGUGACUAGUUUACAAUCGCCUCUUCAAGGUUCAGUCGCAAAUUAUAAUACGCCCCUAUUGAACAUAGGAUCGUUUCAUCGCACUGCUGCUAGCUCUAGUCAAGCCCCAAGCGAGUAUAAUUAACAGACAUGGAAUUUGGAAUUCCGUAAAUUUCACAUAGAUAUAACUUGACAAACUCCACUAGAUUGCUAGGUAUUCAUGAAAAUAAAAUUUUAUCUACAGUAAAUAAGCAAACUAGCGAAAAGUAUAGGAAUAGGUUAAAAUCGAGUGCUUAUGAUGGUGUCCCUACGCUGGCAGUCCAUGCUGUAACUACGAAAUAACUAACCGUAUUGUUAAUUCGAAACCUAGGUCAAGUCCUUGUAGGUGCCAUUUCAGCAUGCCGAAUGAGCCAAUUCUAUUACCUUGUAGCUAUAUUCGUAUUAUUUGCACUUUCUUUGUAUUACCUAUAAUUAGGGCUGCCAUCCGUCCGGGUUUCCCCGGAUUUGUCCUCGUUUGGAGGCCGUCCGGGGGCCGUCCGGGCGGGGUUUCAAGAAGUGU